AUGCCGAAGCUACUCGUAUCUGCUCCAGUCAAUUGGCAGCGGGUGCUUCCCUUGGUAUACAUUUACCGUGGAGACGCCGUACUUCAUGUCUGCUCCAGUCAAUUGGCGGUGAAUCAAUUGGCGGCGACAGUUGAUCAACUGACUACGCUGAAGUUACUCGUGUCUGCUCCAGUCAAUUGGCGGCGAGUGCUUCCCUGGUGUACUGUACAUUUACCCUGGAGACGCCAUACUUCAUGUCUGCUCCAGUCAAUUGGCGGUGAAGUUAUGAGUCAGUUGGUUUUCAAGUUAUCUCUUGGUAGUCACCAGCCUCAA